CCUGGAUGUACCUUUAGCUUGAAACACUGCACAAUAUCUUCUGAUGAAGACGAUUGGCUGCUGUCGUUUCACCCUUAUCCUCUCUCAUAGAAGAAGAUAUUGCUCAUCCCAGCCUGUUCGCCUCACACUCACUACCUUACUAAAAACGCCCAACUGCUGCUGUACAAAUAUGAGCUCAAACCCUAAUCGUGUCUCAAAAAGAGCUACAUUCAUGGUCCCUCUGGUUCCAUCACAAAACAUGAACUCAUAUUAAAUUGCGGUUAAUACGUAGAAAGCGCUGGAGUCACUUCCGGUCGAGCGGUUGGUCACAAAGAUCGCGGAACAAGGCUCAUUUCAGAAUGCGUUGGGUUGAGAGAAGAUGGUGGUGAUUUCGCUGCAGUGUGCUAUCCUUGGUCAGGCUGGAAGCUGUGGAGAUAGACGAUGGUGCGAAGGUUAGCCAGUUGAAGGAGGCAAUCAAGAGUAAGAGUGAUGGAGUUAUCACUGAUCCUGCACCGAAGCUACAGCUCUUCCUGGCGAAGAAGAUGAAAGGUGCUGGGGCAUGGCUGACUCAACUUGAAGCGCUGGAAAGUGUGAGUGAAACAAGAGACUAUAAACAUCUGCAGUUCGUGGACGCGAAGCUACGAGCCGUUGAGCAGGCUAGUCGUCGACUGGGCGUAGUGAGUGAAGAAGAAGUUGCCGCUGGAAAGGGUCAUGUGCACGUGCUGGUGGCGUUGCCUCCUGGGACAAGUAGCGCGCCUAUCUCUAAUGGGACGGACUUGUGGUUGUCGAGAUUUCAACAUAACGAAGUUGAGAAAAUCACAUUACUGCCGACACUCGGAGAUCUAAAUGAAUUUAUCGGGCGAUGCAGUUGUCACGGUGGAUUCGGACCAAUUGAGGUUGGCACUUAUGCCCCGCGGCAUUGAGAUGAAGCUAUCCAGUUUGAGUGAACUAUUCCUCGCGCUUUGGAACGUUCUCGAGACCCUUGUAGUCCAUCGCAACAGGUGGAUGCACAGAGACAUCCGCUGGUCUAACGUGAUCAAGCAGAUCGGCCACGUUGAAUGGUAUUUGAUCGACUUCGCUGAUGCAGCUCAAAGUCCGCAGAAAUUUCCCCAGCUGCGAUCACUUGACGCACGACGAACACGCUACAUAUAUUUUGUGGAAGAUGGAUCCCACACGACUGUGGUUGACUUAUGGGUCGUGGGGUACCUGGCGAAGACAAGUAAGAUUGAACGGGAAUGGAUUGCGGAAUCCGAAAGAGUUGUAGCUUCAGGGUCAGCAAUCGAGUUGGCCCAUGUGCCGUUCGCUUUCCGUGCACGUGCCCUCGCACUGCGUUAUCGCCUUGUCAGUCUUGCCAUCGAAGUUUUGAGAAACUGAGAGCACAAUUAAAAUGAGGUGCACACUAUGUUUUAAAGUGAUGUUUUCGGUUUAACGUUAACAUAUCUCUCUUUUGAAUUCGUGUAGAAACUUCAACAUAAAAUAUAUUUAGAUCUUAUCCUAUAGCUUCUGCUAUCGCCAUUGCGUUUAAGUUUGCUCUUUAAAUUGUAAGAUGCUUGUUUAG